AUGACAUGGCUAAUCGGCGAAGCCUCGGACCUCACAUCUGGAGUUCUUUAUAUUUCAUGCUUCCACCUUCCGGCCUACCACUUGGUUUCUCGUUCCUCGCCUUCCCUCGAUCUCGGUUUCCUCAACCUUUCACUUUCAAUUGAAUAUCCUCUCCUUCGGUUAGCUAUGUUAGAAUCAGUUAAGGCCAUAGUUUAUAGCUUUGAUCUUACUGCAGCUACAGAUAGAGGGCCUUAUCAGCUCAUCUCUCUGCUAGUUGAGACUUGGUUUGGACAGGGCAUCACGAUUACAGUGAUUGAUACUUGCUUGUGGAAACUAGCUCAAUCUGAUGGGAAUGCUAGAGGCUUGAAAUGCGCUCUUCCUCUACAAAGAAAUGGUCAUAUAAUCGAUGUUGAGGCUAUAAGGAAUGAAAAAAACGAGGGAGCUCUUGCUCCAGUUGAAGUUUUUGAUGGGGAGGAAUGGAAACUUCAAUCUCCUUCUCCCGUGCCAAUUGCAUUUCUUUGA